AGGAAAGAAGAAUACGUCUUAUCUGUGUAUGUGCAGCAAGCUGAAUGUAUAAAACGAAAAAUUUUCUUCAUCAACUAUUUGUUUAUCGACGAAAUAAAUCGACAUACGAUUAAUAGACUGCUUUUAGACUGUAGACAUUUUCAUUUCUUAACACAUUAGUCAAACAUCAACUGUACAAAAAGUAAUAAUUUUUAAAGCUUCUUUUGUAUUAUAUUUGUUUUUACACCAACUAUCGAAAAAUGAAUCCAUUCAGAGUGAUUAGAUUAAGUACACCUGAUGAUGAAAUUCAUGAAGGAUAAAUAUGUCUUCGAUAAUCGAUCAGUUCACAAGUAAAAAUUGUUCUAUCGUUUAGAGAGAACUAUUUUGUCAUUGUUUAUCUAAGAUUAAAAUAUCAUUGAUGUCGUCGAAUAAAUACAAAUGAGUUAUUGUUUUUUAAAUAUAAUUACAAAUCAUCACCUUUUCUUCAUCAAUCUCGUCAAUAAAAUCAAUAGUGAAAAGACAUUAAGACUCUCUAAUACUGAAGAAAUGCAGAAUCUUUUUUAGUUUAACUAGAAUAACUUUAUGUAAAUCUGAUGCUAGUUCGAUAAUUUUCUCUAUAUAGCAAGUCAAUGGGUUCAUUUUGUUUCUAUGCAAUGAUUUAUAUUUAUAUAUUUUUUUCUGUACAUUUAAUCCAGGCUUGUAACAUUGAUGAAUAAAAGAAAAUUUUGCCAAAUUAUUCUUUUCGAUUUUUUUGUUAACUUCCAAUAGACGAACAAAAAAAAACUUAUUUCUUAUACUUUUUCGUCAUUGAAAUUCUUUUCAAAUAAAAUCUAACGUUGUUUCUUUUUUAAUAAUAAACAUUCGAUAUUGAAUCGAAUUUAUAUUUGUUUUGGUGAUCAUAAUAAAUGUCAUCGUCAAACAGAAAUCAAUAUAACUCUUGUCAAGAAGAUCGAUCUAUGAAUUAUUUAAAAGAAGACGAUGAUGAUGAAAAUAAAAAUCACUGAAUAUGCUUAUUAGAUGAGAUUCGUCAAGUAUCUGAUCGACUUAAUCAAUUUCAUAUAAAUGAAUCAAAAUUUUAAAAAAAUUUUUAAAGAAUGGAGAAAUGAAACUCAUGAUACGAUUGACAAAUUUUACAAAUCAAAACAUGAUGAAUAUAUAAGAACAGCAAAAGAAAUAUUACAUUCAUUAACUAGUGACCAUGAUGCUUCAAAAGAUUAUUUGGAUUGGGCUAAAUAUGUAAUUCAAUCAAUUCAUCAACAAAUUGACGAAUUCGAACAAGUUAAAUCAAUAUUUUCUCCAUUAAAAAUUGAUAAUUAUUUAAUUAAUGAUCCAAGUCGAAUAUCUGAUUUGAAAUUUCAUUCAUCUCCAAAUUAUUCAUGGGAACAUGAAACUUGUUUGGAUAAAACUUUAUUUAUUUCAACAUUUAGUGAAAAUCCUUUUAUUAUUGAAUAUACUAUUUUCCCAUCAAUAUAUUUAAAUAAACGAUGGCCAUCAUUAAUAAUUUGUAAAGAAAAUGAAGUUAUAAGUGAUAUGAAAUCAAAUGAAAAUAAUCUUAGAUUGAUAGUUAAUAAUGAUAAUAAUAAUGAAAGUCAUCUUGAAGUUCGUUCAAUAAAAUCUUUUGAAUUAAUUUGGUUGAUUCAUCGUGGUAAAGGAUGGUCUUAUAGAUGUUCACCUUUAAAUGAUAAUCAUUGGAUUUUUGUUGAUUCUUAUAAUAAUAGAUUUAUUCAUAUAUCUCAUCAUGCUACUAUUGAUCAAAUUAUUAAUUAUCCAACAAAAUCAUUUAAUGUUGUUUCUUGGGGUCUAAAUCAAUUUUGUUAUAAGAACUGUUGA